AUGACCCCCAACUUCCCCAACCUCCUUUCCCCCGCCUUCCAACCCUUCUCCACCUGUCCUCUCGACUCCACCGCCGAUCCCUCCUCUACUGCAUCUACUGAUGCAGAAUCAUCCGGAACCCCCCGAAAAACAUAUCUUUUAGCCACAAUAUCCCAGAACAUGACACUUUCCACCACCCCAACUUUUAUUUGCACGGAUUCUGCUGGUGCUUCGUUUGCGCUGACGAUUAUUCUUCAGGCGCCAUUGACGCCUGCGCAAUUGGAGGGAAGUGGGGGUGGUAAUGGAAAUGGAAAUGGAAAUGAAGGUCGAAAUGGGUUUGAUAUUGAUAAAUUAAAGAAAGGGCAUACGGUGGUAGUGCCGAACCCGAGGAGGCACGGGGUCAGAGAGGGAAAACAGGGGUAUGUUAGGUGUACAUGGCGGGAUCUUGUUAUCGUCCCGACAUCGUUGGAUAAAUUACUAGUAAUGAGUGAAAAAUUCGUCAAAGUUCGGGCAAAUAUGGUAGACAACAUCCAAGAGGGUGUGGUAAACUGUCAGUCAUGUGAUAGGAAGGCUAGUGAAGAGGAGCUCUCGAGGUGUAAGGGAUGCAAUGAAGUUAGGUAUUGUGGCAAGAAAUGCCAAACGGAAGGAUGGAUCGAGAAAGGUCAUAAGAGUGAGUGUAAGGUUCUGAAAGUGAUGGGUGGCAUGGAACUAGAGGAUUAUAUUGCAGGAUGA